AUGUCAAUUCCACCUGCCCGUCCGAGAACACCGCAAACAUGCUCUCCACUUUUGCCAUUUGCAUCUUCUGAGCCUGUUGCGCUCGCUUCGCCUGUACAUACUGCAAAUCCAAUACGACCAGCACUCGACACCUUGAGGUUAUUUGAUGACUGGGAGCUGAAUGCUUCGUGGCAGUUUCUUCUAACAGCUCGACCACCUAAGCGCCAAAUUGAUGCAACAUUGGACGAUCAACCCGAAUAUCACAGACACUGUAUAUCCGAGUUUGAUAUGGAGUCGGGAUUCAGAAGUCUUUCACCAUGGUCCACCUCUUCUACAAGCUCUGGACUGGACUCCCAAUACUCGUCUGUCUAUCGUGCACCCAAGCGGGUCAUGUCAGCCGAAUCGACAAAAGGCUCGACAUAUUGA